AAUAAUUCUAUUUCCUGUCAUGGCGGCCAACAACCUUUCAUAACAAGAUAGAAAACAACGCACUGAAACUUUAUUUUCUUGCACUUGAGUUAUCCUAUGACGCCAAAUCGAUGUUAAUUAAAGUUUUGGGAAAAUGCCGAAAUAUUACGAGGACAAAGAAGAAGACGACAGAGCAUGCGCCGGCGUCAGAGAGGACUUUAAAGCCUGUCUCCUUCAGCACGACUGUGUUGUCAAGGAAGGGAAGAAACCAAGCGAGUGUCUGAAGGAAGGCCACUGCAAAGCGCUGCAGACGUCGUUCUUUGAGUGUAAGAGGUCGAUGCUGGACACGAGGUCACGAUUCAGAGGGAGGAAAGGCUACUGAGGAGACCACAUGCUGCCGGUCGCCGUUUGUGUUCAUGCUAGGGAAUUGUACGACUUCAGUUUGAGAGAACCGCUAACUUCUCAGAAAUACAAACUCAAGACGGCUGUAAUGAACAUCUUCAUUCCUUCUAAAAUGCAUUUGUUGUUAUGAGUGUGUUGUGAUGAAAAUAUGAUUAAAGUCAAAAAUAU